AUGGAUCUUCUACAUGAGCUUGAAAAUCUGGCAGUUAUCGCCGAGGAUAACAAGAACCACGAGGGUCCAUUCCAGGAACUCCUCCAGGAGGCAAAGCCUAAAAGUUUCUGUCCAGGCGUCCAGGCGCAGCUGCACCUGCAACCACAGGACCUGAAGUCCACAUACCUCGUCAAGCUGGACGGCCCAUUAGGGACUGCGUCCAGGGUCCAAGAGCUUGCCCAGAUGCUCCAUCUCCCCCAGCAAGUGGAGGGGUCCGGAGACGUCUCUGGAGAAGCGUCAUUCUGUUUUGUCAACGGGGUUGAAAAACGUGCAAUAAUAAGAGCACUUUCCAACAACUCCUUCACCCCAACAUUCAUCCACAUUAACAAGGCAGAAAAGGGCCUCUCAAGAGACAGCGCAGCACCGUGCCUCGGAUACGACGCGACACUUCCUCACCACCGCGUCACAGAGCUUGUCCAUGACUUCCUCCCAGCCCAGAACCAGUACCCGGUCUGGUACUUCUUUUAUGGGACACUGGCAAACCCGGACCUACUCGUUGAGAAGCUUGGGCUUUGCGUCCGUCCCAGCCUCCGACCUGCCACUGUCGACGGGGCCAACAUUCGAACUUGGGGCGGCAAGUACAAGGCUCUGGUGGAUGGUGAUAGCUUAGUGACGGGGUGGGCUUACGAAGUUACCUCUGAAGGACACGAAGAUGCGCUUCGAUACUACGAGACCAGUCAAUAUGAGGUCGUACGAUGUGUUAUCUCGAUGAAAGACACCAACGAGCGUGUUUGGGGGCUCACUUUCCGAUUCAUCGGUGCUUGCGACUGA